UAUGAUGUCUUCAGCAUGGUCUGAAUAUACCAUUGGUGGGGUGAAGAUUAACUUUCCUUGUAAAGCUUAUCCAUCACAGCUUGCUAUGAUGAAUUCUAUUGUCAGAGGAUUAAACAGUAAGCAACAUUGUUUGUUGGAAAGCCCUACAGGAAGUGGGAAAAGCUUAGCCUUACUUUGUUCUGCUUUAGCAUGGCAACAAUCUCUUAGUGGAAAGCCAAUGGAUGAAAGCUUAAGUAAAAAAGCUGAAGUAAAAGCUGAAGUAUUAUUGUCAUGUUGUUGUACAUGCCAUUCAAAGAAUUUUACAAAUGAUAACAUGAACCAAGGAACUUCACAUCAUUUCAAUAGUCCAAGUACACCACCUUCUGAAAGAAAUGGCACUUCAUCACCUUGUCAAGACUCUCCUGAAAAAACUACGCUGGCUGCAAAAUUAUCUGCCAAGAAACAGGCAUUCAUAUACAGAGAUGAAAAUGAUGAUUUUCAAGUAGAGAAGAAAAGAAUUCGAUCCUUAGAAACUACACAGCAGAUUAGAAAACGGCAUUGUUUUGAAAAGGAAGUACACCAUUUUGAUACAAAAGUUACUUCAGGAAAGACUACAAAACUCAACUCUCCAUUAAGGAAGAUAAACUCCUUUUCUCCACAAAAUCCCUCUGGUCACUGUUCUAGGUGCUGUUGUUCUACUAAACAAGGAAACAGUCAAGAUUCUUCAAGUGCCACUAAGAAGGAUCAUGGGGGGAAAUCCAAGAUACCAAAAAUAUAUUUUGGGACACGUACACACAAGCAGAUUGCUCAAAUUACUAGAGAGCUCCGGAGAACAGCGUACUCAAGGGUCCCGAUGACUAUUCUUUCCAGCAGGGAUCAUACUUGUGUCCAUCCUGAAGUAGUAGGUAACUUCAACAGAAAUGAAAAGUGCAUGGAAUUGCUGGAUGGAAAAAAUGGCAAAUCCUGCUAUUUUUAUCAUGGUGUUCAUAAAAUUAGUGGUCAACACACAUUCCAGACUCUCCAAGGGAUGUGCAAGGCCUGGGACAUAGAAGAACUUGUCAGCUUGGGGAAAAAAUUAAAGGCAUGUCCAUAUUACACAGCACGAGAACUAAUAGAAGAUGCUGACAUAAUAUUUUGUCCCUACAACUAUCUUCUAGAUGCACAAAUAAGGGAAAGUAUGGAUAUCAAUCUGAAAGAACAGGUUGUCAUUUUAGAUGAAGCUCAUAACAUUGAGGACUGUGCUCGGGAAUCAGCAAGUUAUAGUGUAACGGAAGUUCAGCUUCGGUUUGCUCGAGAUGAACUAGAUAGCAUGGUCAACAAUAACAUAAGGAAGAAAGACCAUGAACCCCUACAAGCUGUGUGCUGCAGCCUCAUUAAUUGGUUAGAAGUAAACUCUGAACAUCUUGUGGAACGGGAUUAUGAAUCAUCCUGUAAAAUAUGGAGUGGAAGUGAAAUGCUCUUAAAUUUACACAAAAUGGGUAUCACCACUGCUACUUUUCCCAUUUUGCAGGGACAUUUUUCUGCUGUCCUUCAAAAAGAAGAAAAAAUCUUAUUGGUUCAUGGUAAAGAGGAGACAAGAGAAGUACCUAUUAUUAGUGCUUCAACUCAAAUAAUGCUCAAAGGACUUUUUAUGGUGCUUGACUAUCUUUUUAGGCAAAAUAGCAGGUUUGCAGAUGAUUAUAAAGUUGCUAUUCAACAGACUUAUUCUUGGAUAAAUCAGACUGAUAUUUCUGAUAAAAAUGGGUUCUUUGUUCCACCAAAAAAUAAGAAACGUUCACGACAGAAAACUGCAGUUCAUGUGCUAAACUUUUGGUGCUUAAAUCCAGCUGUGGCCUUUUCAGAUAUUAAUGGCAAAGUGUGGACGAUUGUUUUGACAUCUGGGACGUUAUCACCAAUGAAAUCCUUUUCAUCAGAACUGGGUGUUACAUUUACUAUCCAACUGGAAGCUAAUCAUGUCAUUAAUAACUCACAGGUUUGGGUUGGCACCAUUGGGUCAGGACCCAAGGGUCGGAAUCUCUGUGCUACCUUCCAGCACACAGAAACAUUUGAGUUCCAGGAUGAAGUGGGAGCACUUUUGUUAUCUGUAUGCCAGAUUGUUGGCCAAGGAAUUUUGUGUUUCUUGCCAUCUUACAAGUUAUUAGAAAAGUUAAAAGAACGUUGGCUCUCUACUGGUUUAUGGCAUAAUCUGGAGUUGGUGAAGACCGUCAUUGUAGAACCACAGGGAGGAGAAAAAACUGAUUUUGAUGAAUUACUACAGGUGUACUAUGAUGCGAUCAAGUGCAAAGGAGAAAAAGAUGGAGCCCUCCUGGUAGCAGUUUGUCGUGGUAAAGUGAGUGAGGGUCUGGAUUUCUCAGAUGACAAUGCCCGUGCUGUCAUAACAAUAGGAAUUCCUUUUCCAAAUGUGAAAGAUCUUCAGGUUGAACUAAAGCGCCAAUAUAAUGACCAGCAUUCAAAAUUGAGAGGUCUUUUACCUGGUCGUCAAUGGUAUGAAAUUCAAGCAUACAGGGCCUUAAAUCAGGCCCUAGGUAGAUGUAUUCGACACAAAAAUGAUUGGGGAGCUCUUAUUUUAGUGGAUGACCGCUUCAGGAGUAACCCAAGUCGAUAUAUAUCUGGACUUUCUAAAUGGGUGCGGCAGCAGAUUCAGCACCAUUCAACCUUUGAAAGUGCCCUGGAAUCUUUGGCUGAAUUUUCCAAAAAGCACCAAAAGUUCAUUGAUGUAUCCAAAGAGGACAGAAAGUCUCUACAGGACAGUCAGUCUACACUUGAAGUGGCUUGUUUGAAGGACAAUACAUCACCUUACUUUUUAGAAGCAGCAAAUCAUCUAUUACCAGAAAAUCCUAGGGAAGGUAAAGCAAAAAUGUGUGUCUAAGAAUUAAAAUGUUGUAAAAUGAUAACUAAAAGUUCAUCUCUCCCAAGUGACAUCACUUCCAGGAAGGACAAAUAUGAUCCAGAAUUAUUGGAAGAGUCUGGCCAGGCAAUGGAAGCAGAAAACAUUGGGAUUUCCAGAUCCACAAGCCCAACCUUCAACAAACAAACAAACAGAGUUAGCUGGUCUAGUUCUAAUUCUUUAGGGCAGUGUUUUUCUGGUAAAAUUCUGACUACAACACCUAAGUUUAGGUCAUCAGAGGACUGUGCCUCUAGUUCUUCCACUUUCAAAACAGAAAAAGAUUGUGAAACUGUUUUGCCACUCACUGAUAAAUUUGAGUCUUCAUCUCUAAGAGUAAACACAUCAUUUGAACCAUGCCCUCAGUCAGAAACUAUUAUUCCAUCAAUAAAGAUUGAGGCUGCUCUUCUUAAAAAAGAUCAUUCCGAACAGCUACUCUGCUGUAAAGAAGCCCUGGAUCCAGACAUUGAAUUAUCUCUAGUGAGUGAAGAAGAUAAACUUUCUACUUCAAAUAGAGCUUUUGAAACAGAAGCAGAAGAUGAAUCUAUCUAUUUUACCCCUGAACUUUAUGAUCCUGUAGAUACAAAUAAAGAAAAAAAUGAACUAGUUGAAACUGAUAGAGACACUAGAUUGGCCAAUAAUUCAAAUUGUAUUUUAGCUGAAGAUCUUUUUGAAACUAGGACUACAAAAGAAGUAGAUUCAGUCAGGAAAAUGAAAGUUGAGGAUUGCCCAGACACAAAGUUAAAUAGACUUAGGCAUAUUGAAGAAAGUAAAGUUGAUGAUAUUGGUAAUAAUAUAAAAACAACUCAUAUAAGUGAGUUAGAACUGGAGAAAACUCAUGAAAUGGAUAUAAAGGACUUUAAACAGUCUCCUCCCAAAAAUAAAGGUGUGUUCCCUGGUGUUAGAUAA